UCCCACUUUCCUUCACUUGCUAACAGUUGGGUAAGAGGUGGCAGGCGUGCGCGGGCCUGGAAGGUUCCCUGCUCGCGCAGGUCGUCCUCCCCUGCAGCUGAGGUUUCGGGUUUCAAUCCUCCCCGGACCUCGAGACGUCGCGGCGUGCGCUGUGCGGCUGCCGCCCCCUCCCCGCCAGCCUCCACCCCGGCGGUCCCAAAGCUAAUUCCAGCGGCGCGGCGGGGCGCUGGCCGGCGGGGACCCGGAGGCCGGGCGCCCGGGUGGAGGCUGCUCGGGGGCCGCGCGAGCGGGGCGCGCUGGGAGGCGGCGAUCACAGCUGGGCCGGGACUUCCUUCCUCCACCGCAGGACAACAAAACAACCCGGCAGCGGGCGCUGGGCUCUUGGCAGCCGUCUGGGCGGGAGGCGCCGCGAUGGGCUCCGUGCUGAGCAGCGAGGGCGGCAAAUCCGCGCCCGCCGCGGCCACCCCGCGGGCCCUGGAGCGCAGGAGGGCCCCCGAGCUGCCCGUCACGUCCUUCGAUUGCUCCGUGUGCCUAGAGGUGUUACACCAGCCGGUCCGGACUCGCUGUGGCCACGUGUUCUGCCGUUCCUGUAUUGCUACCAGUCUGAAGAGCAGUAAGUGGACCUGCCCGUACUGCCGGGCCUAUCUUCCUUCAGAAGGCGUUCCGGCGACUGACAUAGCCAAAAGAAUGAAAUCCGAGUACCAGCACUGCACGGAGUGUGACGCACUGGUUUGUCUCAGCGAAAUGAGAGCACACAUAAGAACUUGUCAGAAGUACAUAGACAAAUAUGGACCACUGCAAGAACUCGGGGAGACAGCGACAAGGUGUGUGUGUCCAUUUUGUCAGAAGGAAGUGGACGAGGACAGCUUGCUAGAUCAUUGUAUUACUCAUCACAGAUCUGAAAGAAGAUCCGUGUUCUGUCCUCUUUGCCGUUUAAUACCAAAUGAGAAUGCAAGCAGCUUCAGUGGCAGUUUAAUAAGACAUUUGCAAGUUAAUCACACUUUGUUUUAUGAUGAUUUCAUAGAUUUCAAUAUAAUUGAGGAAGCUCUUAUUCGAAGGGUUUUAGACCGAUCACUUCUGGAAUAUGUGAAUCAUUCGAAUACCACAUAAUUUUAUUACAAGGAAAAGAGAAGAGACCGUAUAAUGUUGCACCAUUUGUUAGGAUGCUGCUUGCACAACUGAAGGGAAAUUGUUACUGUUGAUGGACCAAAGUGGACAACAUAGGUGUAUGCUUCUUCUUGUUUAUUUCUUAUACUGCAUUUAAAAACUGCUUUACAUUCUUGAGUCUCAGGCACUUAUCAGAAAUAAUCAUCAUUAGACAUUCUUAUAUGGAUGAGAACAUAAAGAUGGCUAAGUGGGUGAAGGAUGCCUAUUUAUGAAUUAAAUAGCUGUAUGUAAUGCUAUGUAUUAAUAACUACCACCAUGGUUAAGCAAGUAACUAAUAUGUGUUCUAUGUAAAGGAAAAAAAGCAGAAAUAUGGACGUAUAAGGAAAUGCAAAAAUCUUUUCUGAUAUUCGUUUUAAUCCAAUCUCUAAUAGAAUAACAUGAAUCAGUUUGUAUAAAUAGAUAUAGGAAAAGGAAACUGAAGUCAAUGAAGUCCAUUUAACCAAAUUGUAUUACAUAACAAAUAAAUUUUGUGUUAGGAAUGUGAGCUUAAUACAUUGACUUUUUAUAACUGCACAGUAAGAAUUUAAUAUUAUAUUUUUCAAAUAUUUGUAGUUUGUUUAGGAGUCUUUCUAUAUUAUAGUUUCUUAACCAUAAGCUGAAUAUUAUAGCAGGAGUAUUCAUAUCUAUAAUUCUUAGUGGAAAACUUGAAGGGCUUUGAUUUUUAUUUUUAGUCUUAUCCUUUAGCAAAGUUGUAAAUCAAAUACUGAAAACACAAAAUAGAAAUGUAUCCUAUUAUUAUGAGGAAACUCUUUUAGACCCCGCCAGCUCCCUGGGAUCACCUGUGUUCGUCUUGUUUUUGUUAACAACCUUACUCACCAACCCCGCAGAAGUAACCACUAUAGUGAUUUCAGUAGUGACAACUUUGUUGCAUUUCUUUAGUUUAUCACCCAUAUGUGUACCUGUCCUUGGGUGUUGGGGGUUGCUCUUGGCCGUGCUCCUGGCUGUGCUCCCAGACCAUUUGGUAUCGGAAUUCAGACCCGACCUCCUGCAUGCAAGCAUGUGCUCAGCUCAUUGAGCUAUCUUUCCAGCCCUAUGCCCAAUAUUUUAAUCUUAUUCAUUUUUAAGUGUUUUAUUAGAUCUGUGUCUUAUAUUUCACAUGAAAAGAAGGUUCCUCCUUCUUUUUCCUAAAAUUAACCUGUUAAAGAUCUUGUUCUUGGGACGUGAGAGAGAGGACAGCAAGUAAGGUGCUUGUCUUACAGAGGUUAACCUGGGUUCCAUCCCUGGUACCCGAUAUGGUCCUCUGAGCCCCACCAGGAGUGAUUCCUGAGUGCAGAGCCCUGAACACCUCCAUGUGUGGCCUCCUCUAUCCCAAAAUAAUUAAUUUUUUUUUUAAAGAAGACAACUUGGUGCUGGGACAAUAGUACAGUGAGUGAGGCAUUUGCCGCGCACAUGGUUGACCUAGGUUUGAUCCCUCCCUGGCACCCCGUAUGUUCCUGCAAGCAUCACUGGGAGUAAUCCCUGAGUGCAGAGCACUGUCAGGUGUGGUGCCCUCCCCCCAGCCCGAAAGAGAGAAACCUAGCCUUGGACUCGAGAGACAGAAUGGGAGGUAAGGUGCUUCCCUUGAUGCAACCAACCCCAGUUCAAUCCCCGUCAUGUUUGGACCACUACGCAUCACCAAAGAUCACUCCUGAACUUAAGAGUCAGGAAUAGCCCCUGAGCAUCACUGUGUGUGCCCAACCCUUCCUUUCCCCACCCCACAAAGGAACCUGACCUUAUCAUCUGUGAAGUUCCUCACAUGCUGAUCACAUACUAAUGACCAAGUUCAGCAUGUUUCUUUUUCCUCUGAAUCUUAAAGGUACAUGAAUCCAGUGUCUUGAGCAAACUUGGAUUCAUCUCGUUUUGCAGGACUGUUUAAGUCCUGGUGGAUUCGAACUCACAUAACAUCUGUUUUUCUCUUUUUGUGGCAUCAGCUGAAGUGGAUACCCAGUGCCAUAAGUAUUCAUUGAUUCACUCUAGGUUAGAGAGUAUUCUAUCAUUUUUUUUCAACAUUUGAAACAUUAUUAUAAGAGCUGUUUCUCCACAUUCAUUGUUUGCUUAACCAGCAGUAAAGCCUCUGUGACAGAGGAAAAACAAAAUAUUUGAAUAGUUUCAUUUAUUAACCAUUUUUUGAUACAGCAAACUUGUCAUUUUCCAAAGAUCACUUGAAAAAUGUAUUAACAGCACAUUCUCUAUCUGCAAGAUUUGCAUGCAGCUUCACUAGAGACUUAUGCUCUCAGCUUUCCCCUUUGGAGAGACCUGUGUUUGCUCUCUUGAACACAGAUCUACCCCUGCCCCUCCCUUUUCCUUCUCGUUCUCUUUCUUGUCCCUUUUUGUCUCCCCCACUCUGAUAUUUCUCUAAAUAAAAGUGUUUUAUUUCAGAAAAAAUAUCAUUAACUCAUGGAUUCAAACAUCUAAUGGGUUUUAAUCCACUUCAGAUAUUACCUUAUUAAAGUUCAAAUUGUUAAGCCUUUGCCCUGUGGGAGACUCAUUAAGCUGGCUCUGCAUCCUUUUAACACUACUCUAACUGUCUUUAAAAACCUCCUUGAUGUCUUCUAUAACAAGAUCUUCCAGCCUCAACUUGUGUAUUUCCAACUUGUAUAGAAUCAGCCAUUUGUCUAAGAAGCCUGGUUACUUUCAUCUGCUAAGUGGUAUUUUAAAGCCAUAAUCUAGGGCCAAAGAGAUAGUACAGGGCUUAUGACAUUUGUCUUGCAUAUGGCCAACCCUGGUUUGAACCCCCAUGCCAAAUAUGCACCCUCCCCCAUCGUGCACCGCCAAGAGUGAGCAGAGUCAGGAGAAAGUCCUCAAAUACCAGGUGAGGCCCCCAAACAAAAAAUUAAACAAAAUAAAAGAAUACCAUAUUCUAAGGAUGCCCGUUGCUUCUAGAUUGGUCAUUAUUUCUAACAAGAAGCUAGGAGAUAUCUAUACAAUGAUAAAACAGUUCAUGAAUUAAUUUCACUUCCAAAUAAAAUUGAGUAUGGCAGCGUAUUUUGUUGUUUUGUUUAGUCUGGUUUGGUUUGAUUUUGGUGUCAUACCAGUGGCGCUCAGCGUUUGCUCCUGGCUCUGAGCUCAGGGAUCACUCCUGGAAGGCUCCGGGAAUCAUGAGGGCUGCAGACCACCUGCAGGUGCCCUAUACUCUGUUCUGUUGCUCAGGCCCCAACAGGGAUUUAAUCUAAUCCUUCCUUUUACUAUCUUCUCCACAUUUUUCUAAUCUGAAAAUUGUAGUUUUCAGAUAUGUUAAAAUAUUUCACAUUCGGGGCUGGAGCGAUAGCACAGUGGGUAGAGCGUUUGCCUUGCACGCGGCCGACCCAGGAUCGAAUCCCAGCAUCCCAUAUGGUCCCCUGAGCACCGCCAGGAGUAAUUCCUGAGUGUAGAACCAGGAGUAACCCCUGUGCAUCGCCGGGUGUGACGCAAAAAAAAAAAAAAAAUUUCACAUUCAUUUUCUUUCUCUACGUUAGACAUGCAGCAGAUUUGUAAUAAGAUAGAUACAACCAUCAUGAAUAAACGGAAAUAAUAGAAUCAUUACUCAUUUGCUCCCCCCAUUUCUCCUAUUUCUAUUAUUAUUUAUAAAGCAAAAUAAUUUUAUUCAAAGAAAUUUACUUAGAAAAAUGUGAGAGGAGAUGUCAGAGAGAUAGUAUAGCGGGUACUAGCUAUAUAAUAAGCUAUUCAGCCGACCUGAAUUCAAUUCCUGCCACUCCAUAGGAGUGAGCACCAUCAGGAGUGGUCCUUGAGCACAGAAUCAGAAUCCCUGAGCACAGCAGAUGUGGCCAGCAACAAACAAGAUAAAGAAAUGUGAGAAGGUUGGAAAGAUAAUACAGCUGGUAGGGUGCUUGCCUUGUACGCUAACCACCAGGGCAUCCCAUCUGGUUCCCUGAGCCUCCCAGGAUUGAUUCCUGAGUGGAGAGCCAGGAGGAAACUCUGAACACUGCUGGGUGUGGUCCAAAGACAGAACUAGGGGCCAGAGCAAUAGCACAGUGGGUAGGGUGUUUGCCUUGCUUGCGGCUGACCUGGGUUCAAGCCCUGACAUCCUAUGUGGUUCCUCAAACACUGCCAGGAGUAAUUCCUGACUGCAGAAUAAGGCCUAAGCAUCACCAGAUGUGUCCCCCAAACAAAAAUGAACGGAGAAAAGAGCUAAAGGGAGAGCUGGUGAGAUAGUCCCUUACGUCAGCUCCCUCUGCUGCAACUCUGGUUCAAAUCCCCAGCAUCACACACAUAUGGUCCCCAUUGUCAGAGGUCAUUAUAGAACCAGGAAUAACCCUGUUGUUUCCUGGAUCUGGUUGUUUUUUUUUUUUUUCAGAUCCAGUUCUUUAAUGAUAAAUCAAGAAAUAGAAUAAUAUUUUCAUAUUGAGUGAAAGCAAAAACAAAUAACGAAGAGUGAUAUUAAUGCCUAAGAAUACUUUGGUUUUUUGUUUUUGUUUUUGCUUUUUGGGUCACACCCACCAUUGCACAGGGGUCACUCCUGGCUCUGCACUCAGGAAUUACUCCUGGUGUUGCUCAAGGGACCAUAUGGGAUGCUGGGAAUCGAACCCGGGUCGGCCACGUGCAAGGCAAACACCCUCCACGCUGUGCUAUUGCUCCAGCCCCAGCCUGAGGAUAAACUUUUAUUUGACCACAGUUAGAUUAUUCAUUGUUACCAUUUAUAAAGUUCUUUGUUUCUUACACAAUAGUCAUUACCCCAAAUUUUCUACAACAUCCAUUACUUCAUUUUGGGGCGUGGUAUUUCAGUGGAUCUUGGCUUGGCUCCCUGUGCGAGCCUGAAGGUUCAGUACUCUGGUCCAGAAAAAUACAGUGCUGCUAAACUUGGAAGUGCUGGCAGCUCCCGGGGCUACAUGCAGUGCUUGGGGGCCAGGUGAUGCCUAGGAUCAGAACUUGGAACUAUAUCCCAAACCCUAUCCAUUACUUCUUUUACUUCAGGGGUGGGGGAUGGAAUUUGGGGUGUCACACACACUGGUGCCAGGGUCUAACCCUUUGAGCUAUCUCCCCAGUCCUCCCAUGAGUCUCAAAAGUUUUGCUCACUAUUUCGUCACAUCCACUCUGAAAUAAUUAGGAAAACAUAAAACCUGGGGUCCAGAGAAGUAAUUCAAAGGACUGAGCACAUACUUUGCAUUCAGAGGCCCUGGGUUCCUUUCUGGACACUGCCGGGAACAACCUUGAACACUGCGGGGUAUGGCCCCCUUGGUAACAAACAAAACAAUUAAAUCUAGAGGACUUGAUUUCUGCCCUCUGAGAUACUAGUUUUACAGGCUGCUUUUCAUGGCUGCUAAUAAGUGAAAAUGGAUUUUUAAUUUUACAUUUUGGUUUCCUCCAGUACAUAUGAGUCAUGAAUGAAAUGAAAACCUAAUGGACAGGCAGGAAAUUUAGCUCAAAGGAUUAAGCACAUGCUUUGCAUGCGGGAGACCCAAGGUCAAUCCCUGCCAUCUCAUGGUCCCUGGAGCACUGCUAGGAGAUCCCAGCACUGCCAAAACAAAACAAAUAUUGGACAAGUACAAAAGGACUGCAUUUUUUUUCAGAGAUAAUUCAUCAGACUGAAGAUACAGUUUGUGAAAAGUAGAAUACAAAUUUCUCAGCUAGAGAGAUAUUUUAGGAUACUGACCAUCUAGAAUAUAUUUGUAUAUCUAGAACAAUACAAAAGUAUAUGUAAAUCUUAGAGGGUUGGGGAUCAAAAUUUUACAAACUGUAUUUUAGGUAAGUCACCUACCACUGUUAAUCUCAGUGUAGCAGUUUCACAGCCUGUCUCUGAAUUGUCACCUGUAUUGUAGGUGAUAAUUUUGCCACUUAUAAAACAAAUUAGGUGCUGGUUGCCUCAAUUAUUUUUCCUUCUGAAUUAUUUUGAGUUCUAAAAUGGUGAAGUGCAAAUACUCAUUGUUUCACUGUGCCUUUAGCCUUUCAUAAAAAGGAAUUUAUUGUUCAUUGUUUUUAAAAUGUGAAUAGCAGUAUUGAUGCUAUUAACUACAAAAAUGUGUCACUCUUCAUAGCACCUGUGAUACAACUUUUUCAAACUCUGAUAAAGGAAAAAAGAUUUUCAUGUUAUCCUUCAAAGAUAAGUAUUUCAAACUUUACAAAAAUCUAGGUAGCUUUUCCUUUCGUGUAAGUUUUCAAUUACAGGAUUCCAAAACAUAGGUUGAAAAACAGGGUUGGAAAUCUUUGGUCAAGAGGGUUUCAGAUCAGGUUUCCUAAGAGAUCCCGCCUCUGGUUGUGACACUGUACUUGUUCCGGGUGCUAAGUGUCUGUGACUUAGAAGUGAGCUUAUUCCAGUGACAUCAUCUUCAAAUAUGAUAUAGUUACAUUUAUCACAUCCUAAUAUGUACCUUGAAACAUUGAAGGUAUAUUCACAUCACUGAAAUUCAUUCUUUCCUGGAAAACUGAAACAUCUAGCAUGUAUUGUGAUCAGGAUUUUAACUGUACAAUUCUUUUUCUCUGUAAAUAUGUUUCAUUGUGAGAAAUAAAGAAUGGCAGGACCAUUGCUUUCAUUAAAAUACCUACCACAUCUGUUCUCA